AUGCGUACGUCUAUUCUUCAAUGGAGGCAACUGAAAUUACGGCAUUUCGGAAACGGACACGCGGCAAUUGGCACCGAAACAAACAAGCUAGAGGCUGCAAUGGAGAAGUUCAACGAACAGGUUGGACAACGAGCAGUCGGACAGCUGAAGGAGAAAUAUGGCGACAAACAGGCUUUGGUUGAUCAACUUUUGAAAAAUCUCCACGGAGCGCGCGCCCGAACCGACCGUCUAAAAGACCAGGAAGCACUUUGCGAGCAACUCCACUCUAUAACUUCGCAAAUAACGCUCAAGGGGGAACACGUCGACAAUAUUUUUCUGCAAAAAGAGCUGCUUGCGAAGUUCUCGGUGGACGUUCAGAGGUAUAUCUUGCGGCAAAAAACGCAGUUGAAGAACGGAGGAAAUUGGAGUACGGCAGCUUUGCUCUCAGCAGCAAUGGAGCAUAUCAAAACCGAGCUCAAGAUCAUCCGCCAAGUUGAGCAUAGCCUGGGAAGUGGAAAAAUGGAGAAAACAAAUGCUGAAAAGAAGAAAUAUUUCAGCAAAACAGAAGUAGUCCCACGUUUAGCACCUUAUUUCUACUGCCAUGAAAGCGGACAUCCAGCGAAGGACUGUGACGAAGUCACUUCUCGGGAGCAACGAGUACAAAUAAUGAGAAUGCAGAAUCUCUGCCACAAUUGUGGAGGAAAGGAUAACUGGGCUACGAAAUGCCCCAAAACGAACUUGCAGAAUCUGCAGACAAGCAGAUACCACACGUCCAUUUGCAAAGAACUUUUUAGCUCUCGAAAAGCCCGUCAAAAGCCUCCACUCCGAAAAGUACCACAGAAGCAGAUAACGAAGCCUCAACCACCCAAGGCCAAGACUUCGAAAAUAAAUACGGUCGCUUCGAAUGACGGUAGCAAAGGGGAAAUGGAAGCUUCAGACGCAGUUUUUCACGUCAGCAACACAACGAAGGUUCUCAUUCUGACGGGACAAGCCAAAGUACUUAAUCCGGCAACACAAGCGUUAGGACCAGUCUACGUGAAUCUCGAUACAGGAGCCGACCGUGCGUUCAUCAGUAGCAGUUUGGCUGAGCGCCUCCAGCUGAAAGACGUAGAUUCCAGUCGUCUAAGCAUCGGCACCUUCGGCGCUCACAAGCCUUUCGAAAGGACUUGCGACAUCACGGUUCUCCGCAUGUGGGAUGCUGAGGGAGUUCCACAUACGUUCACAGUUACGAAAAUCGAUGCCAUUACAAAACCAUUAACAAGAAGCCGUCUGAGUCAAGAGGACAAACGGUUCCUGUUCGAAAACUAUAUUCAUCUCUCCAUCAACCAUACUGUCAAGAAGAUUCAGCCAGAUAUCCUUCUUGGUUGCGCCGAUCUUUUCUCACUCCUCAAGGAUGGACCAGGAGCUCAAACAACACUCCCAUCCGGAUUGAAAGCAAUCCCCUCGCAAUAUCGACUGGGAUAUCUCAUAUCUGGGCUAAGCAACGAAGAGUUGGUCAACUCGGAAAGUUCGGUAGAAGUGGCCCAAACAAUAGCCUUAGAGGACACAGACAAUGAUUUUGCGCAGACUUGGAAACAGUUCUGUGAAUUCGAGAAGUCCGGAGUUAAGGAAUUUCCGGGUCCAAUAACGAAGGAACUGAAGCAGACAAACGCAGAAGUCUGGAAAGCUUUUGAAGAAACUAUCGAAAAGAAAGAAGAUGGAUACUAUCAGUACGACGACACGAUCAAGAGUCAACUGGAGCUGGGAAUUAUCGAAGAAGUUGCUGAAGAUUUAAUAGUCGAGGAAGGAGAAGUUGUGCACUACCUAGCACAUCAAGCCGUUGUCACGCCGCAUAAUGAAACUACCAAGCUACGCAUUGUGUUCAAUGCUUCAGCACAUCUGAGCAAUUCCCCGUCGCUGAACGACGUUCUCUAUCAAGGACCAGUCAUUCUUCGGAAGAUGUGGGACAUCUUGCUCCGCUUUAGAUUUGGAGAUGUUACCAUCAUCAGCGACGUCGAAAAAGCCUUUCUGCAAGUACGGCUGCAUCCCAAAGACAGGAAUGCAACAAGGUUCAUGUGGGUAUAA